CUCCAUCACCUGUCGUGACCAUUAAGAAGGAUCGGACAUCCGGAAACAGCAUCUCUUUAUCCUGGCAAGAACCCGAACACCCUAAUGGGAUCAUAUUGGACUACGAGGUCAAAUAUUAUGAAAAGGAGCAAGAGACAAGUUAUACCAUUCUGAGGGCAAGAGGCACAAAUGUUACCAUCAAUAGCCUCAAGCCUGACACUACUUACGUAUUCCAAAUCCGAGCCCGGACAGCAGCUGGAUAUGGGACCAACAGUCGCAAGUUUGAGUUUGAAACGAGUCCAGACUCUUUCUCUAUCUCUGGUGAAAAUAGCCAAGUGGUAAUGAUUGCCAUUUCAGCGGCGGUAGCAAUUAUUCUCCUCACAGUCGUCACCUACGUUUUGAUUGGAAGGUUCUGUGGCUAUAACAAGUCAAAACAUGGUACAGAUGAAAAAAGACUUCAUUUUGGGAAUGGACAUUUAAAACUUCCAGGUCUCAGAACCUAUGUUGAUCCACAUACAUACGAAGACCCUACUCAAGCAGUUCAUGAGUUUGCUAAGGAAUUGGAUGCCACCAACAUAUCCAUUGACAAAGUUGUUGGAGCAGGUGAAUUUGGAGAGGUGUGCAGUGGUCGCUUAAAACUCCCAUCAAAAAAAGAGAUUUCAGUGGCCAUCAAGACCUUGAAAGUGGGCUACACUGAAAAGCAAAGGAGAGACUUCCUAGGAGAAGCAAGCAUUAUGGGACAAUUUGACCAUCCCAAUAUCAUUAGGCUGGAGGGAGUUGUCACUAAAAGUAAACCAGUUAUGAUUGUCACGGAAUACAUGGAGAAUGGUUCCUUGGACAGUUUCUUACGUAAACAUGAUGCCCAGUUCACAGUCAUCCAGCUAGUGGGGAUGCUUCGGGGAAUAGCAUCUGGCAUGAAGUACCUCUCAGACAUGGGCUAUGUUCACCGAGACCUUGCUGCUCGGAACAUCUUGAUCAACAGCAAUUUGGUGUGUAAGGUCUCUGAUUUUGGACUUUCACGUGUUCUAGAAGAUGACCCAGAAGCUGCUUAUACAACAAGAGGAGGAAAGAUUCCCAUCCGGUGGACAUCACCAGAAGCUAUAGCCUACCGCAAAUUCACGUCAGCCAGCGAUGUAUGGAGUUACGGCAUUGUUCUCUGGGAGGUGAUGUCCUAUGGAGAGAGGCCAUACUGGGAGAUGUCCAAUCAGGAUGUAAUUAAAGCUGUGGACGAGGGCUAUCGACUGCCACCCCCCAUGGACUGCCCAGCUGCAUUGUAUCAGCUGAUGCUGGACUGCUGGCAGAAAGACAGAAACAACAGACCCAAGUUUGAGCAGAUUGUCAGCAUUCUGGACAAGCUCAUCCGGAACCCAGGCAGCCUGAAGAUCAUCACCAGUGCAGCAGCAAGGCCAUCAAACCUUCUUCUGGACCAAAGCAAUGUCGACAUCACUACCUUCCGCACAAGUGACUGGCUUAAUGGUGUUCGAACAGCACAGUGCAAAGAAAUCUUCACAGGCGUGGAAUACAGUUCUUGUGACACCAUAGCCAAGAUUUCUACAGAUGACAUGAAAAAGGUUGGUGUCACUGUGGUUGGGCCACAGAAGAAGAUCAUCAGUAGCAUUAAAGCUCUAGAAACACAAUCAAAGAAUGGUCCAGUUCCAGUGUGAAGGGCUAUUUCCCAAAGGGAGUGGUGGCUGAGGAAGAUGUAGCAUCACUCUGCAGACAGAUGAUAAUGCGGGAGAUACUGGUGGAAGUUUCAAGCCCUAUAAGACACUCAUAUAUGAGUACAAAUGCCUUAAAAUGGAAUUAAAAAACUCUUUAUUUUCCCAUAUCAUUUAGUGGAUUGGUGGGUGGGUGUUAUUUUGUUUUGCAAUUGAUUUUUUAUAUUAGUUGAUGGAUGAAAUUAAAAUUCUUCAGCAUGAAAUGAUGAAGAGCUAGCCUAGAGCCAUGGAUCAUAUACUGACUAUUAUAAAAGCAAAACAAGUGAAAUAACAAAAUGAACAUAAUGGCUCUGUUCACUACUAGCCACAAAGGAAAAGACUUGUGAUAUUUUUCUACACAGAAUAAAUCUGUAACAGGUAUUUUUUUUCUUUAGAAGCAAGAAAAACAGAGGAAUUUAUACCUCAAACUAUCUGGCCAUAUUUACUACCUUUUCAUUGUAUUAUUCUCUUUUAUCUGUUAAAAAGCAUAUAAAGUUUGUAGCUGUUUUAAGUACCAUACAUUUAUAAUUAUUAGCUUUGUUAAGUAUUAUCAUGUAAAAUGAGUCUUAAUUUUGAAGAAAAGUACAUAUUUAUUUUCUUUCUAAUUGUUUUAAUUGUUUUCUAUUUAUGCCUCAAUGAUUUAAUUUGGAUUUGUUACAGCCAAGUGCCAAAUGCUCUCUCAAAUUGUCAGCAGUAGGAAACAUGGAAAACUAAACAUAGGGAAUGAUGGGUUUCUUUCCAGAUUUUCAAAACAUCCAUGUAUAUAUAGAAACCAAAUCAAUUCCCCUGUUCAUUCAC